AUGACCUCCUUCCCACCCCCCUUCACCCCGCGCACGCUCUCAAUUCCGCACUCCCUCUCCCCCUCUCUCACGCCCACCACCCUCUUCGCACAAGUCUCCUCGCCCCCGACCGCCGCGCCCGACUCGCCCGUCCUCGUAUUCAUCCACGGCUACCCGCAAAACCAUACGCUGUGGGCCCCGUUGAUGCGGUGGUACGAGGAAGGGGGAAGCGAGGUGUUGAGGAAGUUUAGGGUCGUCGUGCCGGAUCUCCCGGGCUACGGCAAAUCCCGCAAGGUCAUCUCCUCGGACGGCUCGCACCUCGCCAACAGCAAGCGCGAAGUCGGCAAGGACAUGCUCUCCCUGGUCGACGCGCUCUUUCCCUCUUCCCCACGUGUCAUCCUCAUCGGCCACGACCGCGGCGCCCGCGUCGCCUACCGACUCGCCAAAGACCGACCAGAUCGAAUCAUCGGCCUCAACGUCCAGGACAUCGUCCCUACGCCCGUGCAGUUCAAGCGACUCACGUACGACUCGACUCCGCGGCACGUCGCGACGUUCAGGAUGUACCACUGGGUGCUCCUCGCUAUGCCCUCUCCUUUGCCGGAACAACUCAUCUUCUCGACUCCCGAACAAUCAGUUUGGUACGCCCGGCACAGCCUCACGAGCUGGUCUGGACCCGCGGCCAAGGCGGUGUACGACCAGGAGUUGAUGGAUAGCUGGUGUGAGCAAUACGCGGACAAGGAUGUCCUCCUCGGCGCUCUGGAGGACUACCGCGCUGGAGCGACGAUCGACUUGGAACACGACGAAGUGGACGGGGACCAUAUCCUCUCCCCUUUCUCCCCUCAACAGCCCUCGCGCCUCUCGAUCCCGCUCCUCGCACUCUGGUGCCCAGGCCUCCAAGCGACCGGUUCCUCGAUCCUCGCCGAACAAGAAGCGGGCGGCGUAGAGGGGAUCUGGAAGGCCCGUGGACCGGAGGGGGACAAGACGAGGGCUAAGCAGGUCGAGACACCUGGUGCAGGACAUUUUUUGCCGACCGAGGCGAAGGAGGAGGUUGGGAGGGAGAUUGAGCAGUGGCUGGCGAGGUGGUUCUGA